AUGACCUCAACCACGGGAAGAUUACUUCAAACUAGCUAUGGCCACUACGUCUGGACCCCAGAGGGACGCCAUGUCUCAUCUUCAGACCAUAAAUCCGAGGACAUCUCUGUUGCUAAGCAUUCCCAAGAGGUCAAACGCGCUGCUGUAACCAUACAGGACAAACCGUACCGUGCUGGCCGAUCCACGGAUCCCUCCCAUCCUAAGAAGUCUUCGGAGAGAGAACAUUCUAGUAACCCAGAUGUCCAUCUGGAAAAAUCUCCUGGUAAACCACAUACUGCACGACACAGCGAAAAUAUAUUUUCAUGUACUGAGUGUGAUAAAUAUUUCACAAGGAAGGCCCAUCUCAUCAGACAUCAGAACAAUCACUCCGGACUGCGUCCCUUCCCGUGCCCGGAGUGCGGGAAAUCUUUCAGAGACAAAUCGAGCCUUGUCCUGCAUCAGAGAGUCCACAAAGAUGAGCGUCCUUUUCCGUGCUCGGAGUGCGGCCAGAGCUUUAAAUGGAAAUCUUACCUUGUCACGCAUCUCAAAGCUCACAGAGGUGAGACUCCUUUUUCUUGUUCCGAGUGCGGGAAGUGCUUCAAAGAAAAACGGGCUCUCGUAAUUCACCAGCGAGUCCACACGGGCGAAAUGCCGUAUUCCUGUACUGUGUGCGGGAAGAGCUAUACGCGGAAGGAUACUCUGAUCAUACACCAGCGCACCCACACGGGUGAAAUGCCGUAUAUGUGUACAGAGUGCGGGAAGGGUUUCACGCGGAAACAAACGCUCCUCAAACACCAUCGAACUCACACAGGCGAGCGCCCGUAUACCUGUCCGGAGUGCGGCAAAUGCUUCACCCAGAAAUUCUGCCUUGAUCAGCAUCGGAAAAUCCACAUAGACAAGAAUUCCUUCUCCUGCUUGCAGAGCGACCAAACGUUGGCAACAGAUUUUGAGCUUCAGGUACAGCGGAGCAUUCCCAACAGCGAAAAACUCUUCCUGUGCUCUGAGUGCGAUUAUGUAUUCAUAACCAAGGCGCAGCUCAUGAUACAUCGGAGGGUUCACACCGGAGAGAAGCCCUUUUGCUGCUCUGAGUGCGGCAAACGUUUUUCACAGAAAGGAAGCCUCAACACACAUCUAAAAUGCCACACUGGUGAGAAGCCGUUUACCUGCUCGGAGUGUGGAAAGUGUUUCAUACAAAAGGGACAGCUCCUCACGCACCAGAGAAGGCACACGGAGGAGCGUCCUUAUGCCUGCUCGGAGUGCGAAAAGUCGUUCAAAGUCAAAUACGAACUCCUUCAACACCAGAGGUUCCACACCGGCGAGAAGAUCUCCUCGUGCUUGCAGUGCGGGAAAUGCUUCAUAAAGAAAUCACAGCUUAUUGUACACGAGAGGGGUCACACUGGUGAGAGGCCCUUUUCGUGCUCCCAUUGCGGGAAAAGCUUUGCGCAGAAAGGUCACCUUAAUAAUCACAUGAAAGUCCACACGGAGGAAAAGCCGCCAGAGGAAACGAUUUGUGCAGGAAGUGAAUCUAAUUCAACAUGA